AUGGAAGCUUCACCAGUACUUCCUCGCUUCCCUCCUCCUCCAAUACAAUCGGACACCCAGAAAAUCAAACAAAAUCUCCUCCAAAAAGGGGUCUACCCAACACCCAAAAUCAUUCACACCCUCCGCAAAAAGGAACUCCAGAAAUCAAAACGCCGUCUAGCCAAACAAACCGCCCAGUCCCAACCCCUCACCGACUCCCAAAAACAAGCCAUCGCCGAAGAAACCCAUUUCCAAACUAUAAAAUCUGAGUACAAAACUUUCACUAAAGCAAUUGACACCAGAAGUGGUACAAGGAUGGUGGGGAGGCCUUGGGAGAGCUUGGAGAGGCUGAAAUUGCGAGAGCUUGCGAGCGAGAGUGAAUUAUAUGGUGGAGAAAAGCUGAGGACGGAGCAUUUGAGAGAAUUGAGUGAUGUUAUUGAGAAUGAGCGUGAUAAGUUGCGGUGGCUUUUGGAUGAUGAUAUUGAAAUGGAGGAAGGUUUGUUCGGGAACGAAAGGCGAAACUGGGCACCGCCGAAGCAGCGCCGUGGCGGCGAUGUCGAAGCAAUUCAAUUUCUUGUUGAUAGGUUGAGUGGGUGUGCGGAGCUGACUGUGAAGGACUGGAAGUUUUCGAAGAUGAUGAAACAGUCGGGUUUGCAAUUUACAGAAGGGCAAUUGCUGAAGAUUGUGGAACGGCUUGGUGAUAAAGGACAGUGGAGGCAUGCUUCAUCUCUAGUGGAGUGGGUGUACAGCUCUAAAGAACAUAGGCAUUAUAAGAGCAGGUUUGUAUACACAAAACUGUUGGCUGUUCUUGGGAAAGCAAGGAGGCCUCAUGAAGCUCUUCAAGUUUUCAAUUUAAUGCGUGGAGAUUGCCACAUAUAUCCUGAUAUGCCUGCAUACCACAGUAUUGCUGUUGCACUCGGUCAAGCUGGUCUUCUGAAAGAGUUGAUCAACAUUAUUGAAUGUAUGAAGCAGAAACCUUCUAAAGGAAUUAAAAAUAUGUGCCGGAAGAACUGGGAUCCCAUCCUUCAACCUGAUGCGGUUGUAUAUAACGCCGUGCUGAAUGCUUGUGUCCCAACCCGUCAAUGGAGGGGAGUUUAUUGGGUGUUUGAGCAGUUAAGGAAAAGUGGUUUGAAACCAAAUGGUGCAACUUAUGGACUUGCAAUGGAGGUAAUGCUGCAAUCUGGAAAGUAUGACCUGGUCCAUGAGUUCUUCAAGAAAAUGAAAAGAAGUGGAGUAGCUCUUAAAGCCCUCACUUAUAAAGUUCUGGUCAAGGCUUUCUGGGUUGAAAGUAAAGUUGAUGAAGCUGUUCAAGCAGUCAGGGAGAUGGAACAAAGGGGUGUGGUUGGAAUCGCCUGUGUAUAUUAUGAGCUAGCGUGCUGCCUUUGCAAUACUGGGAGGUGGCAAGAAGCAAUGGUGGAGAUUGAGAAGCUGAAAAGACUUCCUCGCACCAAACCUUUGGAGGUUACCUUCACUGGAAUGAUAUUGUCUUCCAUGGAUGGUGGACAUAUUGAUGAUUGUGUAUCUAUCUUUGAACACAGUAAAGACCAUUGUGCUCCUGACAUUGGUAUUGUGAAUGCCAUGUUGAAAGUUUAUGCUCAGAAUGAUAUGUUUUCUAAAGCUAAAGAUUUAUUUGAGGAGACCAAGACGGCUAAUCCUGGUUUUAACAUGUGCCGGAAUGAUAACACUAGUUCUUCUGUCAGCCCAGAUGCAUACACUUACAGCUCAAUGCUUAAGGCAUCAGCUAGGGCUCUCCAAUGGGAAUACUUUGAGUAUGUGUACAAGGAGAUGGCUCUUUCUGGGUAUCAGCUUAAUCCAAAAAAACAUGCAGUCUUACUUGUGGAAGCAUCUAGAGCUGGAAAAGUAAGCUAUACACCUCUCAUCUCUGUUGAUAAUGCUUUUGUUAAUUUUUAG